UUCACUUUCGAUAAAUAAACCCGGAGCAUUCCUUCUCUCCUCUAGCUGUCAUUGUGCAAAAUUUGACCGAACUUUUCUUACGAUUGUCGCACAUCCGUAAGUGAAGUGCUAAUUAUACUUAAGAAAACGAAAAAUGGGAACCUCCACGACGGAGAAAUUCAGUCAGUGGUUGAACGCAAAACUGCGAGAAUUCAACACCGAUGAAAGUGUUUUCGGUUCCUACAUCACCGGAAUCCUAGAGGGGGAUGAAUCCAUCGAGGAGAAAACGGAAGCCCUGGAAGGAAUUCUAGCAGAGAUCAUUGAAUCGGACACCAACAGCUUCAUCAAAGAAAUACUGGAUAAAUGGAAAACCAGUAACCCGAUCGAUGAUCAAGAGCAAGAUUCGGCCAAACAGAAGCUUGACGUCGACGAGCAACUUGUCAGACUGCUGGAGAGCCAAAAGUUGGUCACUAAGGUCGAACGGGAAUAUACCGAAGAGGAACGACGGAUCAAGCAGCAAAUUUUGUCCCAAUAUAGUCAACUGUCCGAAAGCGAACACGAAGACGAUGACGAGGAAACGGGUGGCGGUGGAGGUGGCAGCAGCGGAACGGCAGGCGCAACUUCCGGUACCGCUAACAGUGGGGGAGGUGGUGGCGGCGGAGGCGGAUCUUCCAACGGAGCCCUGAUGCGGAACACUAACGCCUCCGAUGUUGCCGCUUUGGUUCGGGAGAAGCGCGAACAGGCCAAACUCGAGAGCCAACAGAAGAAGGAAAAGGACAAACAGGACCGGGAAAAGCAGAAGCAGCUACGGGAGGAGAAGAAAGAGAAGCGAAAAACCGUUAAAGGCGAACGGCGCCGGUAGCGGCCUUGAACUGUGGGUGAAUGUUCAAGCAAGCUGCUGGAGAUGUGAGACAAUCGACGACUAAGACGGGACAAGCCGGGUGAGAUGCUCUGAUGACAAGUGAAACUGGACAACAUGAUGGCGCUCAAGUUCGCAGUACAGGCUAUUCGCAAAUGUUUGAAAACAGAAAAAUUCAGGAAUUGUUUAAAUAAAAGAAAUGUUUGACAUUGUUUUUACAAAAUCUUUCUCGUGUGGAAUCAGCCAAUUGGGAAUGUUUUCUUUUCGCUUGGUAAAUAAAUGUAGUUGCACUCGAAAACGAA